AUGCUGAUCUUUGGAGUCCAGACGAUGGGAAACGGUUCAAUCAGACCAAGAGCUGAAGAUCUCAACCACGACCCAGGUCCAAGGCGUGUACUGGAGCUGGAGCUCGAGCUGCGUCAGAAGGACCAGGACUUCAGGACUCGUUUGGACCAACUCCAAAAAGAACUGGACUCGAAAACCUCCCAGAUCCACAAACUCCAGGACGCGCUGGGACACCACCAGGGCAGCCAGAGACAACUGAGGACCAGAACCCGGACGGACCCCGGACCGGACCGGACCGGCCCUGGACCCUGGACCGGACCCGGACCGGACCCCAGACUGGGAGCAGCUGGUUCUCCUCAUGAAGCUCUGCACCUGUGGAGCCGCAGACCAGGUCUUCCUCAGAACCCAGACCCAGAACCGGACCGGGUCUCUGGACCAGGAUCUCAACCAGGAUCUGAGUCGGGACCUCAGGAGCGUCUCAGGGUCGUCUCACCGGAUCUACAGGACCAGAGGGAGCGAGAGCGAGAGAGAGAGAGAGAGGAAGAACACACACACCUGCACCGACUACAACCUGCACAGACAGCUGAGCGACAGGAGCGACAGGAGCGACAGGAGCAACAAGAGCGACAGGAGAAACAGGAGCGACAGGUGCAGCUCGUCCUGGGGCAGAGUCCAGGACUUAGUGACAAGAAACCGGUUCAGAUCCCGGUCCAGACUCAGACCUGGGUCCUUCAAGAGCUCCUGUCCUCAACUCCACAGACUGGACCAGGGACCGGACCAGGCCCAGACCCGGAGCUCCAUGAUCCUCCUGGACCAGAGUCUGGACUCUGGGGUCCAGUGGUCCUGAAGUGUUUGUGUAGAACCUUCAUCAGCCAGAACCUGCAGCUCAGACCAGAGUCUGGACCAGACCAGGACUAAGUCUGAGACUGGGUCCUGGUUUAAACUCGUCUGGACUCUGGUUUAGUCCUGGUUAAAACCUGGUUCAGAUCAGAUCUGGUCCAUAAAGGAAAGACUCAGAGAAAA